UGCACGGCCGUCGUGCAAGGCCGUGGUGCGAGGCCGGUCCCCGUGCGCAGGGAUGAUGAUCCGCCCGCGCGCCGAGGGCCUCGACGUCACCUUCAACGUCACCCAGAGCCAGACCUGGCUCCACUACGUCCGCGCCCUGCACCAGUUCCUCGAGCCGUACAACGACAGCGUGCAGGCCGCCCGCAACGCCGCCUGCACCCCGGGGCGCUACAACGAGCAGCCGGACGACGGCGUGCCCAACUACCCGAAGCGCGCCUGCCGCUUCAACCGCUCGCUGCUGGGGCCCUGCGCCGGGCUGGGCGCCGCCGACGACUACGGCUACGGCACCGGGCGGCCCUGCGUGCUGCUCAAGGUCAACCGGGUCAUCAACUUCUUCCCGGGGAGGAAUAAGAGCAUCAGCGUGGUGUGCGCUGCCAAGCGGGAGGAGGACGCUGCCCUCCUCGGGCCCCUCCAGCUCUUCCCCCCUAACGGCACCAUCGACCUCAUGUACUUCCCCUACUAUGGCAAGAGAGUGCACGUGAACUACACGCAGCCGGUGGUGGCGGUGCAGUUCGCCAACGCCACGGCCAACGUGGAGCACCAUGUCGAGUGCCGCCUCAACGCCGCCGGCCUCCGCGCCGACGACGAGCGCGACAAAUUCGCCGGCCGCGUCGCCUUCCGCCUGCGCAUCAACCGGGAUUGAGGACCCCCCCCCCCCCCCCAACCUCCCUGCGCCGCCCCCCACCCCUCGAGCCAGGUCUAACCUCCCCCCCUUCUGCCCCUCCAGAUGCUCCUAAUAUAAGAAUAAUAAAUGUACAUAGAUAUUUUUUAUAUUAUAUAUAAAUUAAACGGUGUGGUAGGGCCCCGGCUUCUCUCCUCACCCCCAAAUGCCCGGGUUUUGCCCCCAGA